AUGCGUGAACCGCGCUACGGGGUCAUCCAAGCCAUCACGGGUGUUGGAGGGGGUCGUUCUCCCAACACCCCAUCUUCUCUCUCCUUCUCAUUCACUCCGUUGUAUCCGUUCGAGCCGCCAUCCACGCCUGCUAACUGGGAGCCGCACCCAUCAAUCCUUCUUGUGCCAGGGGGUGGUGAGGGGUCGUCCAGGCCCCCCGCGGGUUCACCGUCCACUGUGAACAGCACGCCGGGGAAACGUCCGUGUGUUGGAGUGAAGUACACGCAGCAACAGCUCUGGGGAGCCCCUCCACCACGAUAG